CGGUCAGACUCUCGUGAGUUUCCCCAUGUCGACAGAUUUUUCUCAGGCGAUGCGAAGGAGGGCCCGACGAGGCGAGGAAAUGGAACGAGCAGGAGCAGCAGCAGGAGGAGCAGCAGCAGCAGAAGCAGAAGAUGAGGAUGACCACAGGGGCAAUGUCGAAAGAAGGAGGGACGAAAAAAUCUGGGCUGGUGACAACUUUCCCUUGGAGUUGGUGCAGAAAAUUCUGUCGCAGAUUCCGUUCCCCUAUUUCUACGAAGCACGUUUACUCUCGAGGCACUGGCAUCUCGUCUUCAACCAUUUCCCUGCAAGCGCGGCAUCUCCCUUAGGCCCGGAAUUCAUCUUAUCUAGCAAGAAGUGGCCCUCGUACUGCCCUGCGUUUCUGAGUUUAGGCCGAUCUCUCUCCGGAGAGCAAACCAUAAACUUGGUGGGGCUCGAUCGGACCUCGAACUCUUGGCAUCGGAUCCCAUCGCAUCCUUCCAUAAUAAGAGCCCUGCCUCGCCUCUCCUUGCCCAACUUCGUGAACCAUCCUCACAGCUCGGCAGUCUCAGGAGCUCUGGUUGCAUUGAUCUACAAGACCAGGAGCAGUGUGGCAUACGAUCAUCUGGUGGUGGCGAAUUGGUUGACGGGAGAGCACAGAGUGAUGCCACUGCCUCCCGUGCCUCUGCAGGUCUCCAUUCGCCUGUUUCCAGUGGGGCCAGAUCACUACAAGGUUUUGCUUCUGUCUCACACUAAGGAACGAAACGCUGAGGCAAUGACGCUGGAGUCCAUGGUCACUCAGAUCUACGACUCCCAGUCCAGGACGUGGUCGGCAUGCUCGUCAGCGAUCAACAACUCUUACAGUCUGAAAUCCCGUCCUCCCAUUGCGAGUCACUCUAGCGUUCUGUACGGGGACACCUUAUACUGCAUGACAUUGACCACGUUUUCUAGCGCAUUUAAUUCGAUUGUGUUGGACUUGAAGGAUGGGACUGUUUCCAAGCGAGUCUACUCUUUGGAUUACGAAGACGAAGGUUUGGUCGAAGCUGGUAUCUUUCGCUUUGGCUCGAGAAUUGUGGUCGUGGGAUUGUAUGAAGUAGACGGAGCGUACAAUAAAACCACGGUCCCCGUGCAUGAAGAAAUGUUCACCUGUGCAACCAUUCGAGUGUAUGAAUUCGAUCCGGUCACUGGGAAACUGGUCAUGGUGUCCAUGAGUGUUCCAGAUUCCAGCAUUAGAUAUGGCAGAAGAGUGGUGGCUGACUCUGACAGUAUAUACACCGUUCGACUCUCGUACGGUAAUGGGAAAGAUUUAUUUGCUGUGUCCAGAUUCAACGUGUUCGAGCGCUCCUGGCACUUCCACCCAGGGCCCUCCACUGGUCUCAAUUACCGUGUAAAAAGAAAUUUUCUGUGCUUUAGCCCGGGCUUCAACCCCUUUGCAAUGCCCUGAUGCUGCUGCUGCUGCUGAUGAUGAUGAUUAUCGGCCGAUAGUUUUCCUUGCUCGAGCUAUCUCCACUGUAUCAUAUCUUCUAUUACAGUUCUCUGCAAAGCCUGCAGAGACUUGUACUAAUAACUCUUCAAUUCCUUCUUUUUGUUUGAUCGAGAAUCCCCUUCUUUACAGUCCACAGAGACAUUAAGGUUUAGCCUUUGGCCCACCAUCACUCAAAGGUGGUACAAACAUGUAUAAGAUCUGAUAGACACAUAAAAACACAAGAAGAAGCCGAUUACAGCCGAAGAGAACUUGUCUGGCUGCGACACCAACUUCAAACUCUUCU